GGAGGGGCGGGGCCGGGCUACAGGCAAGCUGUUGGCGUCUGGCUGUGUAGCCGGCUGCUGCGGUGGAGGCGGAGGCGGCGGCGGCGGCGGCGGCUGCUGGCCACCCGAGCGUGCACCGGGUGGGAGAAGAAGACGCUGCGGCGAUGCUGCCGCCUCCGUAAGGAGCGCCGAGGAGGCCGCGGCUCUUGAGGCCCCAGAAAGCGCAGAGGAGCUGCUGGCUGGGGUCGGUGGCUUCGGGCGCCCGCCGGGCCAUGGUGGCCGCGGGCGGUGGUUGGCGCGGUAGCGCCGCGGCCCGGGGCCGUGCGGGUCCGGGACAUUCGCUGCGCUGACGCCCAGGGCCCAGCCGCAGAUAUGAAGAGGAGCCGCUGCCGCGACCGACCGCAGCUGCCGCCGCCGCCGCCCGCCGCCCGCCGGGAGGAUGGGGCUCAGCGGGCAGCGGAGCUGCCCCAGCCCCUGCCCUCGCGCCGGCGAGCGCCGUCCGGGAGGCAGCUACUGGAGGAGCGGGUGGGGCCCGCAGGGCCCGAAGUCAGGGAGCAGGAUGUGAUAACUGGACUUAGUCCCCUGCUCUUCAGGAAGCUCAGUAAUCCUGACAUAUUUUCAUCCACUGGAAAAGCUAAACUUCAACGACAACUUAGUCAGGAUGACUCUAAGUUACGGAGAGGAAGCCCGGCCAGUUCUUUUUCAGGUAAGCAGCUGCUCCCCUUGUCUGGCAGUGUACAUAGCAGUGUGGGACAGGUGACUUGGCAGUCUUCAGGAGAAGCAUCAAACCUGGUUCGAAUGAGGAAUCAGUCCCUCGGACAGUCUGCGCCUUCUCUGACUGCUGGUUUGAAGGAGUUGAGCCUUCCAAGAAGAGGCAGCUUUUGUCGGACAAGUAACCGCAAGAGUUUGAUUGUGACCUCUAGCACAUCACCUACACUACCACGGCCACACUCACCACUCCAUGGCCACACAGGUAACAGUCCUUUGGACAGCCCCCGGAAUUUCUCUCCAAAUGCACCUGCUCACUUUUCCUUUGUUCCUGCCCGUAGCCAUGGCCACAGAGCAGACAGGACUGAUGGACGGCGCUGGUCUUUGGCUUCUUUGCCUUCUUCAGGCUAUGGAACCAACACUCCUAGCUCCACUGUCUCAUCAUCAUGCUCCUCGCAGGAAAAGCUGCACCAGUUGCCCUUCCAGCCUACAGCCGAUGAGCUGCACUUUCUGACGAAGCAUUUCAGCACAGAGAGUGUACCCGAUGAAGAAGGACGGCAGUCCCCGGCCCUGCGGCCCCGCUCCCGCAGCCUCAGUCCUGGACGGUCACCAGUUUCCUUUGACAGUGAAAUAAUAAUGAUGAAUCAUGUGUACAAGGAAAGAUUCCCCAAGGCCACCGCACAAAUGGAAGAGCAUCUAGCGGAGUUCAUUUCCUCCAACACUCCAGACAACGUGUUGCCCUUGGCAGACGGAACCUUGAGCUUUAUUCAUCAUCAGGUGAUUGAGAUGGCCCGAGACUGCCUGGAUAAAUCUCGGAGUGGCCUCAUUACCUCACACUACUUCUAUGAACUUCAAGAGAAUUUAGAGAAGCUUCUGCAAGAUGCUCAUGAGCGCUCAGAGAGUUCAGAAGUGGCUUUUGUGAUGCAGCUGGUGAAAAAGCUGAUGAUUGUCAUUGCCCGCCCUGCUCGUCUCCUGGAAUGCCUGGAGUUUGACCCUGAAGAGUUCUACCACCUGUUAGAAGCAGCUGAGGGCCACGCCAAAGAGGGACAAGGGAUUAAAUGUGACAUUCCCCGCUACAUCAUUAGCCAACUGGGCCUCACACGGGAUCCCCUAGAGGAAAUGGCCCAGUUGAGCAGCUAUGACAGUCCUGACACUCCAGAGACAGAUGAUUCAGUCGAGGGCCGUGGGGCAUCUCUGACAUCUAAAAAGACACCCUCUGAAGAGGACUUCGAAACCAUUAAGCUCAUCAGCAAUGGCGCCUAUGGGGCCGUAUUCCUGGUGCGGCACAAGUCCACCCGGCAGCGCUUUGCCGUGAAGAAGAUCAACAAGCAGAACCUGAUCCUACGGAACCAGAUCCAGCAGGCCUUUGUGGAGCGUGACAUACUGACUUUUGCUGAGAACCCCUUUGUGGUCAGCAUGUUCUGCUCCUUUGAGACCAAGCGCCACCUGUGCAUGGUGAUGGAGUAUGUUGAAGGAGGAGACUGUGCCACUCUGCUGAAGAACAUCGGGGCCCUGCCUGUGGAUAUGGUGCGCCUGUACUUUGCGGAAACUGUGCUAGCCCUGGAGUACUUACACAACUAUGGCAUCGUGCACCGUGACCUCAAGCCUGACAACCUGCUGAUCACAUCCAUGGGGCACAUCAAGCUCACUGACUUUGGCCUUUCUAAAAUCGGCCUCAUGAGUCUGACCACAAACUUGUACGAGGGCCACAUUGAAAAGGACACUCGCGAGUUCCUGGACAAGCAGGUAUGCGGGACCCCAGAAUACAUUGCCCCUGAGGUGAUCCUGCGUCAGGGCUAUGGGAAACCAGUGGACUGGUGGGCCAUGGGCAUAAUCCUGUAUGAGUUCCUGGUGGGCUGCGUCCCUUUCUUCGGAGACACUCCAGAGGAGCUCUUUGGGCAAGUGAUCAGUGAUGAGAUUGUGUGGCCCGAGGGGGAUGAUGCGCUGCCACCGGACGCCCAGGAUCUCACCUCAAAACUGCUCCACCAGAACCCUCUGGAGAGACUGGGUACAGGCAGUGCCUAUGAGGUGAAGCAGCACCCGUUCUUUAUUGGUCUGGACUGGACAGGACUGCUUCGUCAGAAGGCGGAAUUUAUUCCUCAGCUGGAGUCAGAGGAUGAUACCAGCUACUUUGACACCCGCUCGGAGCGAUACCACCACAUAGACUCAGAGGACGAGGAGGAAGUGAGUGAGGAUGGCUACCUUGAGAUUCGCCAGUUCUCUUCCUGCUCUCCAAGGUUCAGCAAGGCGCUGAGAAUCCUCUUCGCUCCUUGGGAGGUGUGGUCGUUGGGCGUCCCGGCAGGUCUCCUGUGCCCACAGGUGUACAGCAGCAUGGAGAGGCUCUCGCUGCUCGAGGAGCGCCGGAUGCCGCCCCCCACCAAGCGCAGCCUGAGCGAGGAGAAGGAGGACCGCUCGGACGGCCUGGCGGGGCUGAGGGGCCGAGAGCGGAGCUGGGUGAUCGGCUCCCCUGAGAUAUUACGGAAGCGGCUGUCAGUGUCUGAGUCAUCCCACACAGAGAGCGACUCCAGCCCUCCCCUCACAGUGCGCCGCCACUGCUCGGGCCUCCUGGACGUGCCUCGCUUCCCUGAGGGCACUGAGGAGGCUGGCGGCCCCCCUCGGAGGCAGCAGCAGGAGGGUGCCUGGCUCCUGACACCCCCGUCUGCAGAGGGGGGAUCCGGGCCUUCCCCUGAACGGCCAGCGGAACGGCGGCUGAAGCUGGGUGAGGAGCCUCUCGGCCAGAGCAGCGCUUCCAGUCCAGCCAUGGAGACUCGAGGAGGCCGCGGGACCCCACAGCGGGCUGAGGGAGCCACAGCCAAGGCCAUCAGCGACCUGGCGGUGCGCAGGGCCCGCCACCGGCUGCUCUCUGGGGACUCUAUAGAAAAGCGCACUGCUCGCCCCAUCAACAAAGUGAUCAAGUCCGCCUCAGCCACAGCCCUGUCCCUCCUCAUUCCUGCGGAGCACCACACCUGCUCUCCACUGGCCAGCCCCAUGUCCCCGCAUUCCCAGUCAUCCAACCCAUCGUCCAGGGACUCUUCUCCAAGCAGGGACUUCCUGCCAGCCCUCAGCAGUUCAAGGCCCCCCAUCAUCAUCCACCGCGCCGGCAAGAAGUAUGGCUUCACCCUGCGGGCCAUCCGUGUCUACAUGGGUGACUCAGACGUCUACACCGUGCACCACAUGGUGUGGCACGUGGAGGACGGAGGUCCAGCCAGUGAGGCGGGGCUCCGUCAGGGGGACCUCAUCACACAUGUCAACGGGGAGCCUGUGCACGGGCUGGUGCAUACAGAGGUGGUGGAGCUGAUCCUGAAGAGUGGAAACAAGGUGUCUAUUUCAACAACUCCCCUGGAGAACACAUCCAUUAAAGUGGGGCCAGCUCGGAAGGACAGCUACAAGGCCAAGAUGGCCCGAAGGAGCAAGCGGAGCCGGGGCAAGGAUGGGCAAGAAAGCAGAAAAAGGAGCUCCCUGUUCCGGAAGAUCACGAAGCAGGCAUCCCUACUCCACACCAGCCGCAGCCUUUCUUCCCUUAACCGCUCUUUGUCAUCAGGGGAGAGUGGGCCAGGUUCUCCCACACACAGCCACAGCCUUUCUCCCCGAUCUCCCACUCAGGGCUACAGGGUGACCCCUGAAGCUGUGCAUUCAGUGGGGGGAAAUUCAUCACAGAGCAGCUCCCCCAGCUCCAGCGUGCCCAGUUCUCCAGCCGGCUCUGGGCACACACGGCCCAGCUCCCUCCACGGUUUGGCGCCCAAGCUCCAACGCCAGUACCGCUCUCCACGGCGCAAGUCAGCAGGCAGCAUCCCACUGUCACCACUGGCCCACACCCCUUCUCCGCCACCAGCAGCUUCACCCCAGCGUUCCCCAUCACCCCUGUCUGGCCACGGAGCCCAGGCCUUCCCUACCAAGCUUCACGUGUCGCCUCCCCUAGGCCGGCAACUCUCACGACCCAGGAGUGCGGAGUCACCCCGCUCACCACUGCUUAAGAGGGUGCAGUCAGCUGAGAAACUGGCGGCUGCACUUGCUGCUUCCGAGAAGAAGCUAGCCACUUCUCGAAAACAUAGUCUCGACCUGCCCUACCCUGAGCUAAAGAAGGAAUUGCCACCCAGGGAAGUCAGCCCUCUGGAGGUAGUUGGGACCAGGAGUGUGCUGUCUGGUAAGGGGGCGCUGCCAGGGAAAGGGGUGCUGCAGGCUGCUCCCUCACGGGCCCUAGGAACCCUCCGCCAGGACCGGGCUGAACGGCGAGAGUCGCUGCAGAAGCAGGAAGCCAUCCGGGAGGUUGACUCUUCAGAAGAUGACACUGAUGAGGGGCCUGAGAACAGCCAAGGUGUACAGGAGCCAAGCUUGGUACCUAACCCAGAAGUGGGCCAGGAUCCACUCCUCACAGGAGCAGGAGCAGGAGAGGGUGAGGAAGAGGACGCCUUCUUGCCCAGGGAUCCCAGGAGCCAGGGCCCGGUGGUCCCAGGCCUAUUGACAGGGGUCACACUGGGAUCUCCCAGAACGGAAGGCCCUAGUGUCCCCCAGAAGAGGCUUGGGAUCCUACAAGCCUUUGAAGAGGCUGCCAGCUCCUCGUCAUCAGCUCCCAACCUGGGUAGGGCUGGACCCACAGACCCCAUCCCCCCUGAAGGCUGCUGGAAGGCCCAGCACCUCCACACCCAGGCACUAACAGCACUUUGUCCGAGCUCUUCAGGACUCAUCCCCGCCAGUUGCUCCACUGCCUCCACCUCCGGAGAGCUGGGCCUGUGGUCCUGGAAAUUCAUUGCUGAAGACCCUGACAGGGCAUCCCCAACCAGAAAGGCAACAAUGGAAGAUGGGCUGGCCAGCUCUCAGGAUUUGGAAACUACAACUCCAGUCCACCCUGCAAACUUGUCUCCCAGACAGGAGGGGAAGUCAUGGCCACCCAGUGCCCCUGGGCUGGCCCAUCUACCUUGUGAGGUUCCCAGCCAGAGCUGGCUAUGGGAGCCUGAGUGUACACAAAGAGAGGAAGAGGAGCCAGCCCCGGGUAUCACCAAAGUGCCUGAUGCCUCAGGUGACAGGAGGCAGGACAUUCCAUGCAAAAGCUGCCCCCUCACCCAGGAGCCUGGGCCCAGCCUGCUCCAGAAGGGCCGAGACCCAGGGGGCCCUCAGAAGCAUCAGGACUUGGCAUUGGCACCCGAUGAGCUUUUAAAGCAAACAUAGAGGUUGUUUGCCAUUUCUUGCACUCAGUCCUGUGUAAUACACGCUCUUGGAAACUA